UUUUUUUCACACUUUGUUUCAUUUUUCAGGUCGUGGUUGGGAUUUUAUUGAUCCUCAACAGCCGUUACAACAUCAACAUGCCAUCAGAUCAACAUAAAGCAGAUCGUUUGAAUAACUUUACAAUGAUUGGUAUUUUCCUUAUCACGGUCAUCAAUAUAUUUGUGUCUGCAUUUGGAUCUUCCAAAUAGGCUGAGAGAUGCCAGGUUUCGUGUCAAACAUUAACCAUCCUUAUUUGACGAAAGCGAAGACGUCUCAGAACUGUCUGCUUGUUUGAAGGCAGUCCUUGUGCAUUGUAUUUGAGAACAAACAUUCAUCUGUUAUCAUUCAUUUUAUUUGAUUCAUUUUAAAACAAUCACGUUUCUAAUCUCAAUAAUUUCGUAGUGUGUGAACGUCACAUGUUUGUUUUACAGUACACGAAUAUUAUAUCAUUAGUGUCUUUAUUUUAGAACAGUCAUUUGUCUGAUCUUCAUUAGAUAGUGUUAAAGCGAAAUGUUGUUCAUAUUCACUUAGGUGCUAAUCUUUCUGUUGUCUUUUUUUUACCACCGUAACGUAGAACUCUUGUUCUGAAUAUGGGGUAAUAUGUUUUAAUUAUUAUUUUAUUGAGUCUUGUUUAUAAGAAAGUUUUAACCUGAAAAUGGGGAAAUUAUAACUAUAUAUAUAUAUAUAUGUAUAUAUAAAGACAUUUUUGUAACCGUUGUUUUAUGUAUUAAUGUAGUCAGCAUUUUGUAAUGUGCUGUGUUUUAUACGGUUUCCAAUUCUUGUCUGUUGUUGUUUUAUAUCUAAUAUUUUUUUCAUAGUUUUAAAUCCAUCGUGUCUGUGACUACAAAUAAAAUCAAACUUAUUUAUUAGAUAACAUGCUAGUGACUUGCAAUGUAGUGAUCCUAAAGUUGAUGGAUGACUAAGAGAUGAUGAAGAUCAGAUGUGAUACUUUUUAUAUCGUGUUUAUUAUUGUUUAAAUAUUCGCUUUCCAAGUUACGUCCUGUCAUGUAUAAACAUAUAGAGGGAACCACCUCUGAAAUACCAAAGUUUGGAUAAAAUACUUUUGUGAUUAGUGGACUUUACUCUUCACCAAGUAGAAAAUGCCUAAUGUGUAACAUUUAGAUUAAGAAUGUGGAGUUAUAUUUGACUCUUGGGAGUUCCAAUUGCUCAAAAGGCUGCACUUGUUUCAAUACUCAGGAACGUUAGAUUUGAACCAAAUGUUCUCGAUAUAAAAAAAAUUGUGUUUAAUGAUGUUUACAAAUGUUGAUGGUCAUCACUUGAAUGACUUGAUCUGUGGUCAGAAAAGAGAUUUUUUUUACUACAUGACAUUGCAUAAUGAUGUAAAAGGAUCUCGACGGUUGAUGUGGUUAUACACAAGAUUUAAAAGAAUCUUUAAGUUUGGUGUGGUUAUUCAUUGAUGAUGUAAAAUAUAUUAGAGUUUGAAUUGGUUAUACAUUGAUGAUGUAAAUUGGUAAUGAAGUUUGGCGUGGUUGUAGAUAGAAGACGUAAAGGGACCUACAAGUUUGGCGUGGAUAUAGAUAGAAGACGUAAAGGGACCUACAAGUUUGGCGUGGUUGUAGAUAGAAGACGUAAAGGGACCUACAAGUUUGGUGUGGUUAUAGAUAGAAGAAGUAAAGGGACCUACAAGUUUGACGUGGUUAUAGAUAGAAGACGUAAAGGGACCUACAAGUUUGGCGUGGUUGUAGAUAGAAGACGUAAAGGGACCUACAAGUUUGGCGUGGUUGUAGAUAGAAGACGUAAAGGGACCUACAAGUUUGGCGUGGUUGUAGAUAGAAGACGUAAAGGGACCUACAAGUUUGGCGUGGUUGUAGAUAGAAGACGUAAAGGGACCUACAAGUUUGGCGUGGUUAUAGAUAGAAGACGUAAAGGGACCUGCAAGUUUGGUGUGGUUAUAGAUAAAAGAAGUAAAGGGAUCUUGAAAUUUAAUGUGAUUUAUACAGAAAGUUUGUAUAGAAAACUUAGUUAAACUAUCAAUUACAAUAUCGGUGAGCCAGAAGAAUUUGAACAAAACCUACUUCCUAAGUCGUUUUUUUAUUUUUGUAUUUACGUGUUAUUAGUGUUGGAGUGAAUAUGUAACCUUUACGGAUCCACCUUGUACAUGGUUUGUUUGACAAUAAAUCAUUCUAAGUAAA